AUGUUAGUCUCGACACCAAGUCUCUCUACCGACAUAAACCGACACCCUCGCCUCAUCGUUUUCAACACGUUGGAUGGUCGUGUGGUGUUGCCGAUAUCUGGUUGUAACUACGCCUUCAUUGCCACUCAACUAAUCAUGCAAUUGUGGCGAAUCAAAUCCACGGAUCCAACGCUGCGGGGCACCCAAAUUGAUGGAACACCCAAGGUGCCGUCACUUGCCAUGCACCUCCGUCUUCCCAAAGACAACGUGAUUCUGAUCGCUGGCAUAGUCGAUGCAAAGGGUUUCACUCCCACUCUCCAACGUUCGUCAAUUAUAUUCGAAUGUGCCAACGCUGCUCAAUUGCUCCUUUGCAUUGUAGACCGUCAACUAGGGUGCACAUGGCAUGGCGUCGGGGCUAUCUUACUGAAGCGGGUAAGUAAAGCGAACGGCUUCAAUGCUCUCGAUGGUGCAUGCCUACAUUUGGAGCUCGUUGCUAACCGCCCUCUUCCUGACUCGCGUUGCGCUGACCGCCUCGCUAACCGCCGGUUCCGUGACCUCGAUCACAGUGCCUUAAACCCACCUCUUCCUUUACUCAGUUUGUGCAGCCACGACCUCCGUCGAGAGGCAAAUUCUACUUCCAAUUCCUCCGUCUCCCUCUCCCCCUGCCACACAACUGUCCGUCCAACUCCUCUUUCCGUUUCCUUGUUUAUUUCAGGUCCCACAGUUAGCAGAGUAAGUUGGUUCACUUUGACAUUGUUAAUCCGCAUUGCGCCUCCCUCCUGCACUCCACCCAACCUCACCGCUUGCCCCUCAAUCCGCGUCUGCACUCUCAAGUCCUUCCACCUUCUUGCAGUCAUCCGGCAUCCUCACUCUUGA